AUGCAGCAACAAUCGUCCGUCCAGGGAGUGACCCGGCUCAAGCGUGGAGUGAUUACCAUGCAUGUCGCUCCUAUCUGUCGGCUGGCGACGUCACGGCCCUUCAUUCUGGGCUUUGGCCAACAGAUUUGCUGCCGAACCACCUCUACGCGCUUUUCCGGCGGGUGGCGGAUCAGUCGGCUUCUUCGGGCGAGCUGUGGCUGGUAUUCCGACAGUGGCAGGCCGGCAGCCGCGUCUGGCUUGAACCCGGGCGGGGAGUUCCAUCCUGGGAGGCUGGCCGGGCAGAUGCCAGAGACAGGGCCCACAGGACGUUGUGGUUAUGGCUUGGGGCCGUGGCUUAUGGACCGGGCCUUUUGUCCGCGGCCUGUCGCAGCUGCGGCGCUCCGACAGCAUUCCGCUGCCGGCGAUGUGACUCAGCAGCUUGUGGGGACUGCCUGGGACGCUGCCUUGGGUGCGCGUGAUGGCGGACAGUCUCGGAGGGGACCUGGCUUUUUGUCCGGCGGUGGCGACCCGCCUUUGCUAGCAGCUGCGAUGGCCGGUGUGUACGCGCAGCAGUCGCUCGAGGCGGCAGGGGAUGGUGACAGCCAGCCCGGCCCGUCCUCCGGCCUUUUCGGGGAGGGUACCCCGGUAGAGGUCCGAGUUGAUGCCUGGCGCCGCGCCUUUGGUCUGGCCGAUGACGAGGAGUUCGCCUACGUAUUCAUGUCGGCGGAAGAGGCGCAGAGGCAAGCUGGAGCAGAGAUCGCGGCCAAAUGGCGCGAAGUCCGCGAGCGAGUGGACGAGGGCAAGGCUCUGGCUUUUGCACAUGAGGCAGCCCAGGCUGGAGCGGCGGCGGCCAAGCCCUCCACUAAGCCUCGCCCGCCUUUACCGCGGCGGCGGGCAGCCGUGCCCAAGGCACCGCUGCAAGCCCGUCCGCCUGUGGAGCGCGCUGCCUUGGAGACACCAUUGGUCGAGGAACUUGCCGACCUUUGGGUAGAUGCCAACGUUCAGCGCCCGAGCGGUGAGCUCAACGCGGGGCGCCAAGCUGAGUGGGAAAACUUUGUGCGGCGCCGUGCUGCCAAAGUGUGCAGCGAAGCGGAAGUGGCCACGAUCAAGAAGGCCGUGGUCUCUCUCCGCGAGCUUCAGCAUUUCCAGGUUGCCCGGGGCAGAGACGGGCUUGAAGAAGUGGACACCCUGGACCUGGAUGCCUUCAUAUUCAACUCGGCCGCGCCUCAUCGGGCCGUGGCGGGCUUGCGGUGGGCUGCCAAGCAGGCGGAGCUCACCUGGAAGAUUCCGGACGCACCCCGGACCGAGCAGCGCCGGAAGCCCAAGGACGAGCGGCAGGCCACAUUGGCCGAGCCGCCGACGCUGGUUCACCUGGAGAAGGUUAUCGAGGAGCGGUGCAUUUUGGGCGACCCUCGGUGGACUGCGAUGCUGGGGCAAUGGAUGCAGGCCUCCAGCUGCAUGCCCACCUUCGCAGGAGCGAGGUCCUGCGCAUCACGGGGUCGACCGUGCAUGCUUUCUGCAAUAAGGGCAAGCAGCGCCGCCUGCGGCAGGGUUUUUACUUUGCCAUCCCGGCCGCUUUUGCUUCUGGAUGGAACCUAG